UGAGACGCUCUCAGUGACUUUUGGUAGUCACGCUGUCUCAACGCAUGGACCAUAGUACCAUGAACCGACUGCGGUGCUCAUACCGAGCUACCUAUAUAAACAGGCCUGCUUCUUCUUGCCUCCAUAUGCGGCAAUCCGACGUGGGUAUCUAGGUUCUACUGUAAAAGACGCGCUUAAGAUGAGACCAUCACUGUUCCUGCCUCAUUUGUUGCCCUUGGCAGUCUGUCGAGUGUCUGCUUUGCCAACAGAUACCCCAGAGGCCAGUAUUAAGCAACUCAGAGGAAGCGUGGAUGAAGAUGUUAACCACACACUACCUAAGCCUAGAUUUGCCAAAAGGCAGGCCCCAGACAUCAUCCCACCCUUCGACGCGAAGAAGCAAUAUGUGAGCACAAAAGGAAAGCAUGCGUUCGUGCCUCCUAGUGGUUCUGACAGACGAGGCCCUUGCCCGGGCUUAAAUAGCAUGGCAAAUCACGGAUACAUCCCUCGCAAUGGCAUCGCAACCAUCCAAGAGAUCGUAUCAGGCUCGAUGGACGUUUUUGGCAUGGGAGUUGACGUAGCAACAUUUCUUGCCACUUAUGGAGCCAUAUUUGAUGGCGACCUCACGUCGUUCUCUAUCGGAGGGCCUCCCCCAUCUUUGCUUGAUCUUGGUAACCUCCUUGGUGAGCCGCAAGGUCUUUCUGGCUCGCAUAACAAAUUCGAAGGAGAUGCAUCGCCCAUCUACGGCGACUUAUAUCAGUAUGGCAACAAUCUCCCUCAGGUAUCUCAGUUCACCGCACUCUACGAGCUAGGCCAAGCAAAUGGAGACUCUGUAGACCUAGGCGUAUUGGAAAAGUAUCGUGUGCAGAGAUUCGAACAAUCAGUGGAAAAUAACCCUUACUUCUUCUAUGCGCCGUUCUCAGGUAUCGUUACUAAUACGGGAGCAUACAUCUUCAUAUACCGACUCAUGGCCAACAAAUCAGCUGAACAUCCGGAAGGUUUGCUGGACGGCGAGACGCUAAAGUCCUUCUUCGCUGUCACUGGGGAUUACCCACAUUUCACUAUUAAGUCUGGACACGAGCGAAUCCCGGAUAAUUGGUAUAAGCGCCACCCUGUCGAUUCUCACACGCUUCCAUAUCUGGCCGUAGAUGGGCUGGCCGUGUUGCUCCGACAUCCCCAGUUCUUGUCUGUGGGCGGUAAUACGGGGACUACGAACUCGUUUGUAGGCAUAGACCCAGCAAACCUAACGAAUGGUGUGUAUAAUUCCGCAAACUUACUCGAGGGUAAUAAUGCGUUUUGUUUUGGUAUGCAGCUCGUUCCGCAGGUGGCACCCGACCUGCUGUCCGGUUUAUACAAUGAUAUCACGAACGCAUUGAGCAUUUUGACGUCCGCGGUUGACAAUGCUACUUCGGGUUUGAAUUGCCCACGACUGAGCGGCAUCAACAAACAGAAGCUCAACAAGUUCCCCGGUUAUACAAAAUUAAAACCUAAUGGGAUGUACUAA